AUGAAAGCCGUCGUUGAUGAGCUUUAUGAACGUAUCGCGACUGUGCGUGAAGGCGGUGGUGCAAAGUCAAGAGAGAGGCACGAGUCACGUGGUAAAAUGUUACCACGAGACCGUGUAAAUGGUCUACUCGAUCCCAACACAUCCUUUCUUGAACUAGGUCAACUCGCAGGCUGGAACAUGUAUGGAGAGGAUGUGCCCGCUGGUGGUAUAAUCACCGGUAUCGGACGCGUUUCUGGGACGGAAUGUAUGAUUGUGGCAAAUGACGCGACGGUGAAAGGAGGAACGUAUUAUCCCAUCACUGUGAAGAAACAUUUGAGAGCGCAAGAAAUUGCCAUGGAGAAUCGGCUACCCUGUAUCUACUUGGUAGACUCUGGUGGUGCUAAUUUGCCUCGUCAAGCAGAUGUAUUUCCCGAUAAGGAACACUUCGGACGGAUAUUUUUCAACCAGGCGAACAUGUCGGGCAAGGGAAUUCCGCAGAUUGCAGUUGUUAUGGGAUCGUGCACGGCUGGAGGUGCAUAUGUUCCUGCAAUGUCGGACGAAUCAGUGAUCGUGCGGAACCAGGGUACUAUUUUCUUGGCCGGACCGCCCCUAGUCAAGGCAGCGACUGGCGAGGUGAUUUCUGCCGAAGCCCUCGGCGGCGGCGACAUGCAUAGCAAAAUCUCAGGUGUGGUAGAUCACCUGGCUGAUAGUGACGCACAUGCCCUCUCGAUUGCCAGGCGCAUCGUUUCAAAUCUCAAUGUGUCGAAGAAACCAGAGGUGUCGAUCAAGGAAGUCGAGGAACCUCUCUAUGAUGCAAGUGAACUCUAUGGUAUUGUUGGCACGAACAACAGGAAAACUUAUGACAUCCGACAGGUCAUCGCGCGCAUCGUAGAUGGAAGUCGUUUUGAUGAAUACAAGAGCAACUAUGGAACCACGCUCGUUACAGGAUUUUCAAGGCUGUACGGCUACCCCGUUGGAAUCGUUGCGAAUAACGGUGUACUAUUUAGCGAAGCCGCACUGAAGGGAGCCAACUUUAUCGAGAUUUGUGCGAAGAGGAAAAUCCCUCUCAUCUUCUUGCAGAAUAUCACUGGAUUCAUGGUGGGUGGUCAAGCGGAAGCAGGGGGCAUUGCGAAGAAUGGCGCAAAGAUGGUCACUGCAGUGUCUUGUGCUAAGGUGCCAAAGCUAACGGUGCUCGUAGGAGGUAGCUUCGGAGCAGGCAACUAUGGAAUGUGUGGUCGUGCCUACGGUCCCCGCAUGAUGUACAUGUGGCCCAAUUCACGUAUAGGUGUGAUGGGAGGAGAACAGGCCGCAGGGGUCCUCGCUCAGGUUAAGCGUGAUCAAAUUGAACGGAAUGGAGGGGAAUGGACGACAGAGGAGGAAGAGGCAUUCAAAGCUCCUACACUCGCUAAGUACGAAGAAGAAGCUUCGCCAUACUACAGUAGUGCCAGGUUAUGGGAUGAUGGUGUCAUUGAUCCUUGUGAUACCCGAAAAGUACUUGGGCUAUCCCUUAGUGCUGCGCUAAACGCGCCCAUAGAGGACACUGAUUUUGGAAUCUUCAGAAUGUAA